AAACAAGACAUCUGUCUACUUUGCGUGUCUGUCAGCUUUGGGGAAGAUAUGGUAAUACGAGAUUGACCUUUUUCGUUAGCGCAAUCUAUGGCGAGAAUUAUAAGGUGAGGAAAACAAGAAUCAAGCUUACCUUAAACCGAAGCGAAGUGUCAAGGAAAUGCGCUGUAUGUCUUCGCUCCAUUUCUGCAACAAAUUGUUAAUAUCCUGAUUUUGAUAAUGGAUAGAUAAAUUUUGGGUAAAUGCCUUCAGUUUUCAGAGUGUUAAUAUUUUCAAAGAGUCCAUUUGCAGCGGCCCAGAAGAAGAAGAAGGUUUUUUCUGCACUGACAGCAAAAACUUCGGAUUAGCUUAACUUCUGGCAUAACAAUUAACUUCUUCAAACUGUAAUGCACUGUUAGCAGUUCUAGAAGAAUCAAAACUCCAUGUAGUCGUAAUUUAUCGUGUGGGUCGUAAUUCCAUAAAUUCUGUCCGUAUUAAACUUGUUUAUAUAUCAGGCAAAAAUUGUAUUUGUGUGAAAUAUAGCAAAAUUUUAAUGAAGCACUCCUGCAAACCAAGGUAUGAAUACACCAUAUUUUUCUCAUGAAUAAUAUGUACUAAUAUUUUUAUAAAGAUAUUGAUGCGUAAUUAUGCAUGACAGGUAAAAUAAAAGUGAACCAUCUAAUAACUAAUUGUUUGAAAUUUCUGAUAAGGAACACACUUUACAUCGAUGCACAGUGUGAAGUUCGCCGUGAAGUAUAUACCAACAUUUAUGAUAUCAAGGAUGUCGGCUAUAGUGUGGAACUUUCACGUCCUACGAGAUCUGUAAUAAAUGAUUUGGAAAAUGCAAUAUUUAAAAAAAAAAAAAAAAAAAAAACAUAUACAUACUCAGAAAUAAGAGAAAACUCAUGUCUCUAUAAAAUGUAACAAAUCAUUUAGGAAAAUGAGAAAUUUAAAAGAACAUAUGCUUAUUCAUGCAAGAUAGAAAUUUCAUAUGUGUGAAGUAUGUAUGAAAACAUUUAAUCAAAAGAGUACUUUUAGAGUAGAAUAUGCAUGUUUGCACAGGAAAGAAACUUCAUAUGUGCGAAAUAUGUAAAAUGUCAUUUAAUCAGGAAAGCAAUUUAAACAAGUAUAUGCUUAAUCACCCAGGAAAGAAACCUCGUGUACAAAAUAUGUAAAAUGUCAUUUAUUCACAAAGGCAAUUUAAACAAGCAUAUGCUUAUUCAUACAGCAGAGAAACUUCAUGUGUGUGAAGUAUGUAAGAUGUCAUUUAGGAGCAAGGGUGAUUUAAACAUGCACAUCCAUACUCACACAGGAGAGAAACCUCAUGUGUGUGAGGUAUGUAAGAUGUCAUUUAGAUUAAAAGCUACUUUAAACUGGCACAUACUUAUUCACACAAAAGAGAAAUCUCAUGUGUGUGAAGUAUGUAAGAAGUCAUUUACACAAAAGUCUAAUUUAAACACGCAUAUGCGUAGUCACACAGGAGAGAAACCUUAUGGGUGUGAAAUAUGUAAGAAGUCAUUUUGCAAUAAAGCUAGUUUAAAUGUGCACAUGCUUAUGCACACAGGAGAGAAACCUCAUGUGUGUGAAGUAUGCAAGAAAGCAUUUACUCAAAAGUGUAGUUUAAACACGCAUAUGCGUAUUCACACAGGAGAAAAAUCUCAUGUAUGUGAAGUAUGUCAAAAGGCAUUUACUCAAAAGAGUACUUUAAACAUGCAUGUACUUAUUCACACAGAAGUGAAACAUCAUGAGUGUGAAGUAUGUAAGAAAUCGUUUAGACGCAAAUUUAAUUUAGAUUUGCAUAUGAUUACCCACACAGGAGAGAAACCUAAUGUGUGUGAAAUAUGUAAGAAAUCAUUUAAGAACAAAGAUAGUUUAAUGGAGCAUAUAUUUACCCACACAGGAGAAAGACCUUAUAGGUGUGAAGUAUGUGAAAUGUCAUUUUGCCUGAAGCGUCAUUUAAACGUGCAUAUGUUUAUUCACGGAAGAGGUAAACCUCACGUUUGUGAAAUAUGUAAGAAGUCAUUUAGGGACAACGGUAAUUUAAAUGUACAUAUGCUAACUCACACAGGAGAAAAACCUCAUACGUGUGGAGUAUGUAAGAAGUCAUUUAGUCUAAAGCAUAAUUUAAAAGUGCAUAUGCGUAUUCACACAGGGCAGAAGUCACAUGUGUGUGAAAUAUGUAAGAAGUCAUUUAGGCAAAAGGCUAGUUUAAACAACCAUAUGCUUACUCACACGGGAGAAAAACCUCAUAUGUGUGAAGUAUGUGAAAAGUCAUUUAGUCUAAAGCAUAAUUUAAACAUGCAUGUGCGUAUUCACAGAGGACAAAAAUCGUAUGUGUGUGAAGUAUGUAAGAAGUCAUUUAUACGAAAGUUUAGUUUAAAUAAACAUAUGCUUAUUCAUACAGAAGAAAAAACUUCAUAUGUGUGAAGUAUGUAAAAAGUCAUUUAGUCCAAAGCAGAAUUUAAACUUCCAUGUGUAUAUUCACACAGGAGAGAAACCUCGUGUGUGAAGUGCAUAAAUGGUCAUGUAGUCAAAAAGGUAAUAUAAACAUAUGCAUAUUUAUACAGGAGAGGAACCUUGUAUGCGAUUAUAUGAAAGUGAUAGUAAAUGGUGGUUCAGUUAUCAGAAUCCUUUAUUGCCGUGCAGAUUGGAAAUGAGUUAUGUAACCAGUCAUUUUGACAAAGGAAGAAACAUGUUUAUAUAUGCUGAGAGAAGCUUUAUGUCUAGAGGAACAUUUAGGUUUGUAGCAGCUCAUAAAUUUCAGUGCAAUAUUAUCUAUCCAUGCAGCCAAGAAUCUUCACUAUAUGAGGUCAAGUGUGUUUUAAUUGUAGUGGAUGGCAGAAUUUAAGAGUUGUAAAAUUUUUAGAAUUUAGAUAUGACUCAGUGGAAGAUUUGGAGGUUACUGGUCAUGAUUCAUUAGUGCAUUGUGUGGCAUAGAAUCUACAAGUGACCUUGUGUGAGGUUUGAAAUAAUGCAACACUUCUGUCUACAGCUUGCAAGUUGUUGUUAUUAUCACCAUGAUCACUGUCUUUGUCGUCCCUCUGUUUUCUGAAUGGAAGGACCUUCAGAAUCAUCAAGAGCAUUAGCAUCUGAAGGCAAUGCUUAACCUACCCUAAAGUUCUUUUAAAGACUUCUUUGGAUACGUAAAUUUCUGAGCCUGGGAAAAUCACAUGAACUUGAUGGCUUCAUUGGCGCUUUUGAAUGUUAAUUUUACCAGGCUUAUGUAAACAUAGAAAGUGGAAAACUUUAUAUGUGAGAAGAAAGUUUUGAGCAGUCAGAAACUUGCAAGUUAUCAGGAGAUAUUUUGUUGAAUUUGCUUUUUCAGCAGUAAGGCACAAUAUUCAUCAUAAGAUCAUAAAUGUUUCGAAAGUUUACCAAUUUUCUAUUUUUUACGAAGAAAAACGAAAAGAUUCUCAAACUAAAAAUAGUAUUCCUUAUCCUUGUUAUUUGUAAUUUGUUCCAAAGGUAAACAGAGAUAAUAUGUAAAUAUAGCCGUUCUGUAGCAGUGCUGGUUGUAUGUUAAGAUAUAAAUUCACUAGGCCAUAAUUAAUGCUAUACAAUAUUCAUUAUAUAAGUAUUUGGAGAAUGUGACCUUAUACAGCAUAUUUAAUAAAAAUAAGAUGUGAUUUAUAAACUUAGAUGUCCAAUAUAGUAAUUUGAUUUUGAAAUAAAAUAUUUAUACAAAUCUAAAGAAAAUACUUCUGCAUUUAAUUCAGUAAAGAUAUUCAUAAGUAUUUCUAAAAUAUUCAUAUUCAUCUUUUAUUUGUUUUCUUAGUCUAUGUACUUUAAAUUCAUAUGCUUAAUUUCCACUCAAGUUCCUCUGUGAACUAACUAAAUAUCUUUAAAGUGCAUUUUCACACUUUGCAGUGAAACUUGAGAAAUUUUAAUUAUAAUUACCCAGUGUUUCACUGUGUUUUAAUCCAUUGUGGUAACUAACAUUUUUAAAUUAAAAAUAAGUUUAUAUCUGCAAAAUUUCUUGACCUUAACUGUUUACUUGACAUCAACCUGUUUAACAUUUUUGUCACCUAAUUAAUUUGAAAGAACUUUGCAACCAAGCACAAAAAGAGAAAACUUUUUUUGACCAAUUUUUUUCAGUAAUGUUUAAGUUUUCCCCAAGCUCUCUGUAUUUAACUACUAUAUUUAAAAUUGUUUUAAUUAAUCUUUUAACAGUUAAAUUUGUAAAUUUUUUCUGUUUCAUUAAUGGAAUGUUAGAUGUAAUUGUGUAUGAAAAUGCUUGAUCUGAUACCUGUUUCAGAACCGAGUAGUUCUGCAGUGAUGUGACUGCAAAAAAAGAGGAUGAAAGAAUAUCAGUGUAAUAAUUUUCACUUGAACAUUUUUGUUUACUUUUGUUAAAUGUUGACUUUUUUUAAAGGAAGAACAUGAUUUGCCAGUAUAAAAUGCCAAAACAAACAUUAGCAGAACUCUUUGUUGUUACCUAAAUUUCUACUAAAUUGAAUUCAUGUGGAAUAAAUUGCUGCAGAAUGUGCAAGGUUUUUUGCAAGUAAAAUCAGCUGUAUUAUGACUCUGAUAUGAUCUGGAAAAAUGUAAUUUGUAUCUUUUUAAUUGGAAAUUUUUUCUAUAAACUUUGCAUUCAAUUAAACAUUCAAAUUGUUCAUGAA